AUGUCACAACAGCAAGUCUUACACGCGUAUAGGCACCUGUAUCGGCAUAGUCUGCGGGCUAUUCAAUUCUCCAAGCCAGCCCGAUACACGCUGCGUGACCGCCUCCGUCUGGCGUUCCGUCGCGGCAGUGCCUCUGACUUUGAGCCCCAGAAAGUGCAAAACACGCUGGAAUUUCUUCAGUAUGCCACGAGAGAAAACGGCCUAGAGCACAAGAUAGUGAAGAACUUGUUGUUUGUAUGGUGGGUGCAGAGUCAAGGAGGCUACGGAAGGCACAAAGCGAAGAUUCUAACCCGCGAUGAACUCGAGAUCAAGACAACUGCAUACGAUGUCUUCAAUCACAACAUCUGUAUGUUGAACGAAAGCAUGGGGCUUUGCCUGCCAGCAAUGACCCUUCGCGAUCCUAGAUGA